UCUGCAUGGUAAACGGACCGAUAUCGCGUGCAGUGUCGUUAACAGUGCGUUUGGGGCCACGGUGGUGAUAUUCCGGGCGCGACAGCAGUGUGCAGUGGGGCUACGAGAUCGAUGUAAAAUCUUUUGUUUUGAAACGGUGGCGGAGUAUGUGUAUAGAGCCGAAAGAAUGUUGAUACGGUCGGGGAUAGAGUCGAGCAGCCAGCGGGAACAGCAGGACUGGGUGACCAUGUCCCCCUUGUGGACGGCCCGCUACGACUACCAGGCGCAGGGCGACGACGAGCUGUCGCUUCGCGUGGGCCAAAUCGUGUACGUGCUGUCCACCGACAGCUGCAUCUCGGGUGAUGAGGGCUGGUGGACGGGCAAGAUCGGGGACCGUGUGGGAAUCUUUCCCUCGAACUUCGUCACAAACGAAGACCCGGCCGUGCUGAAGGUGCAACCCGUCGAGAUACAGUUCCACGAGCUGGACCUAAAGGAGGUGAUUGGUGUUGGGGGCUUUAGCAAGGUCCAUCGUGCCUUUCUGAAUGGGGAGGAGGUUGCCGUGAAGGCGUCACGCCAGGAUGACGAGUUCGAGGUAGCCCGACAGAACGUCCUGCAGGAGGCGAAGCUGUUCUGGUCGUUGAAGCACCAAAACAUAGUGUCGCUCAAGGGUGUUUGUUUGGAUCCGAAGACACUGUGCCUGGUGAUGGAGUACGCUAGGGGAGGCUCGUUGAACAAGAUACUGGCCGGAAGGAAAAUCCCUCCGAACGUGCUGGUGGACUGGGCGAUACAGAUUGCGCGGGGCAUGAAGUAUCUGCACUGCGAAGCUCCGAUCUCCGUCAUUCACCGAGAUUUGAAGAGUUCAAAUGUUCUAAUUAGUGAAUCGAUUCAACAUGGGAAUCUGCUCAACAAAACACUCAAAAUAACAGAUUUCGGGCUGGCCCGAGAAGCGUACCGUACUACUCGAAUGUCUGCAGCUGGCACAUUUGCCUGGAUGCCACCGGAAGUGAUCAAAUCGGGAACAUACUCCAAAGCAUCUGACGUGUGGAGCUACGGGGUGUUGCUGUGGGAGUUGCUCACCGGAGAAACUCCCUACAAAGGCUUUGAUUCGCUGUCCGUCGCCUACGGUGUGGCGGUAAAUACACUCGCCUUACCAAUUCCAAAAACCUGCCCCGAAUCAUGGGGAAAGCUUAUGAAAUCCUGCUGGGAAAUCGAUCCGCAUCGGAGGCCUUCGUUUAAGGAGAUUGAAAAAGAUCUUGACAUUAUCGCAAGGUCCGGUUUUGCUCAAACGCCCCACGAAUCAUUCCAUACGAUGCAAGACGGCUGGAAGAAGGAAAUCGCGGAAGUGUUACAAGAGUUGCGUAAAAAAGAAAAGGCAUUUAAAUCUUUCGAAGAGGAACUACGCAGCAAAGAAGAAGAACUGACGCGUGUCCAGCAAGAACAGCGCUGUAAGGAAGAAAAUUUAGCCAAACGAGAACAGGAGCUACACGCCCGCGAAAUCGAACUGUUGGGCCGUGAGCUAAAAAUUCUUAUCACUCAAAAUACUCCUACACCGAAAAAGCGCAAGGGGAAAUUCAGCAAAAGCAGAAUCAAGUUGAUUAAAAAAGCGCCGGGACAAAUUUCGUUGCCAUCGGAUUUUCGUCACACAAUCACGAUACAGCAUACGGCCAUACGUGAUGAAAACCGUCAGCGUAUCGACACGCCACCCGGGUCUCCCGCGACACGACUCCGGACGAUUGUGUUUCCUGGCGAUACAAUCAAGGGUAAGACCUGGGGCCCAUCGACGCUGCACCAGCGGGAGCGGAGCCACUUGCCGACGAUGCGACCGAGCGCCCGACCGCAACAGUUCAGCAAGAGUGCCCCGAAUCUGGACAAAUCCCGAGCGACAGCGAUGUCCGCUAGCUCGUCGCGGCACGAAAUCCUAGAUUACGAUAGCGAGGAUGCGUGGUAUGCUACGACGGCAAACCUGGGGGCCGGUCCCGGUACCGAUAUGUCAACGUUGAGUGUAACGCCACUCUGCUCUAGUCUUAAUCGAUUCGGUUCACUGCCGAGCACCGUACCGAUGCCAACGCUGUACGCAUCCGAGGGCCAACGUAAGCCCAAACCGUCAAUCAUCGAGCUGGUGCUUUACAAUAUGGCUUCCAUGUUGGCCGGUGUGGCAUCCGGGUAUGAUGUGCGUGUGUCGAACGUCACUCCCCUACAUCCGAAGCUACAUCCCGGUCCGCUGCAACCGUACGAAUCGUACUCACAGCCCGCUAGUCCUUAUCAUCAUCAGCUGCAGGCAGUGCAUGAUUCGCAUCCUCUGCACCUGGAGGGGAUGCAUCGGUUAGAGGCGAUGCCGCCGCUAACCAGUGCACAAUCUCUGGACCAUGCGCUUAGUCAAGAAGUGUACGAGGAGGAGCUGGCACAAGCACACGAGGAUAGAUUGUAUGCGCAGAACAGUACUCCGUUCCACGAACCGGUGAGACAGCAGACUAGGAAGGUACCGGCUCAAUCAACUAGCCCGCGGCAAGAUGAGCGUGUGCUGAAGUACACGGACUCACCACAACAUUAUCUACCUUCGACAAUGUCGACGACGAGCGGGCUCGGUUCCAACUACACCCCGUCGGGACCAAGCUCAUCAUUCAGCGUGGGAGCCGGCACGCAACCACCGACCCCUUCGCCACGUCGGAAGUCCAGCGCCACAUCCUUCAUGGACUACGGAGAUCUGCCGGAAGAGCGUGAAAGUAGAGCGGGUCUCUACAUCCCGGGCGAGUACGAUGGGUAUACGCAGCAUAAUCCAAUCUUUAACACAAGCAAUCGCGGCGCCACCGGUAGCUACAUUGGAUCGCAUUACUUUCCGUAUAGACCAGCGAUUAAUUUCGCGUUCGAGCGUGAAACGAAAUCGUACGGGGGAGAACCGGUCUAUGAGGAUCACCAUUACGACAGUGCCUCGUACCACGAUUAUGCGUACGAAGGGUCCACUGGCGGGGCUGCGGGAAGUGUGAGAUCCACGGGCACUCGAGUACCAGCGAUGGGGAUCAGUGCGACGGGCCAUCGACGAACACACUCGAACAUUUCCAACACCAUGCACAGCAGUAACGUUAACCAAGGGUUUCAAAUGGAGGGCGAUGAGAUGGCGAUGAGUGGACGGCUCUUAGAUGAGGCCACAUACAAAUUUGGGGACCUGUAUCUCUCCGGCGGGGGUACAGAUACUCCAACGCCUGGUCGCGUAUCGAUCGCAAGUACUUCGAAAUUGCAUGAGCCUCCCGUAGCCUUCCAAGCAACGAGUCGAAUGCAUCAGUACGAGAAUAUACCGAACUUCUUCCGCAGGCAGUCGAGUCUGCAGGCGCACUACUCAUCAAGCAGCCAUGGUGGACAUCUGUCCGGUGAGUUUAUGAGCGAAAUCGAACCGGAAGAGCGUCCGUACACGGUGCUGGGAUUGGAUCAUGGUGAUAGUGGUGCAUCGCUUGCGACCAGCUUAAGACCACAAGCGAAGUUACGCUCCAGCAUGAAGAAGUACACACAUUCCCAUCCGACGCAGCAGCAACAGGCAGCAUCUUCCACCUCCCAGGGGAAGUAUGGUGGGGCUGGCAGUACUGGGCACGGUUACGGUACGCACGGUGCUACCACUAGUGCAACCAAUCCAACGCCUCCCGACAGCCUCACCAGCGAUGACAGUUCGUACCUGAGCGCGAAGGACAACUCGUCCUCAAUUUCCUCCCAAAGCCGUGUGCGGUUCACACCGGAAAUCGUGCUAGACAUAGAUCCACCACUACAGUCACCGACGGGCUACGUGGGUAUUGGUGCUACGGCAAGCUCUGCCGGACAUGGGCCGAAAGAUAGGCGGAGUUCAUCAUCCGGUAGUACCAUGCUUACCGCUACACCCGGUUCCGGAGCGUCCUCAACGUCGAUUUCGGGACGACGAUCGAAUGUUUGCGACACGAGCCAAUCCUAGCAGUACGUGAAAACUUACAUGGUGUAGUGGGUGCCAUGUGCCGACGAAACCAAUGCUUCUCCCUUUCGAGCUUGUCAGUCAUUGUUGGGACGCUGUUGCUCACAAUAUCCCUUUUUGGCCCCCUGAAAGCCAAUAACGCCAUUCCAGAUAUAUUUUUUAGAUUUAUUUGUUGGGGAGGUGAAGAGGACAAGGCAUUUCAAAGUGUUGUAAGAAACGGUUCUACUAUAACCCGCGAUAUCCAUCAGCAUGCACGAGCGAAGGAAAGCGAUACCGUACACCUGUCCGCUGUAGGGUUACCCAUAAAAUUGGCUGUGAUAAACUGAUAAUUUGUAACGUAGGGUUUAUUUUUCUAAACAAUCAAAACAAAGAAAAUGGUUCUAAAGCGGCAAACAAAAUGUCGGUAUCGAUGUGGCACAAGGCAGCAAUGCUAGCAUUUAUUUAAUUUCCUUUACUGCUUUGAAGUGUGUCGAGUGGAGAGGUUGAGUGACCUCAAUAUUGCUGUAGAUAGACCUCCAUUGAUGUAGAUGGCUCCGUCGCUAGGAGUCUAGGCUUUGCGCGCCUAAAGAUAUGCAAUAUAGAAUACUUUAUUAAACAACGGACUACCGCAAGAGUGUUGUCGGUGUAUUUCAAUUGAAAAUGUUAGGGUUGAUUGGAUUCACCUUCAGAUUGAAAUCAUUAUCGACCGCAAUAGUACUUGCAGUUGCAUACUUUGAGGUGCUGUGAUACAGCUCAAGACACACUAUAGCUUAACAAUGUCGAAAAGACUAUUACAUUUACGCUGAAUAAUAUAUAUUUUGGUCUUGCUAAAAAAAACUGGUUCUAUAGGUUCGAAACAAGUCAUGUAUUUUUUAGAGAUUAGACUAACCUUUAGUUUGUGUUGUGUUAAUUUAUAAACAAUCGUGUAAACCCAUCACGAAGCAUUCCCGGCUAAGAGCAAAUAAUGUUAUUUUUACUGAAUUUCCUUACAUUAGUAUUACUGCAGAUAACUUAUCUAGCUAUUUGAAUGUGCACAAAAGAGUUGUUUGGAUAGGAAUGGCUGCAUUCUACAGAAAAAAAACAAACAAACAAACUACAUAACAGGACAUAUUAUCCCGAAAGCAAACUUUACCAAUCACAUGUUAUCGAAGGCACCGUUCGAAAUCGGAUAAUCUGAUUCGUAAGCGUCAAUACUAUUACAUACGAACAAGGGGCACCAACACAAAUUGUACUCGCCGCAAACUUUAACAGUAUAAUCACCUACACGAAGUAGUGAAAAACUGGCUCUAGCCGUGGGACUGAACAUAAACAAAUGUAUUGAUCGAAUUGAUUAAAUAGAGAAUUCAACAACGAGAGCCAGCUGUAAUUUGUGCAUGGGUGUUAUUUUUUUACAGCAAUGGCUUGCAAUGCAUAACAGGAAUAAUUAAAUGGUUAGUUCAACGUAAAUGGUAUUGAAUUUGGAAAUGCGUUCAAAAAGAGGAACGGAACUUUUUUGCAGAGAUAUCAGGCGAUAAUUUUACAAACAUCCAAACUAAUAAGCAGGAUAAGUAGACUGCCAAACGAGAUAACAAUGAACGCUGAUUUGAACAAUACGAAAGGGAAUUUAGUUUGAAUGGAUAGAAAACAACCCGUAUUAAACACAGUCUAGUCGUUAAAAUUAUAUCGUAAACUACAUGUAUAUAAUCUUAGCUCCUAUAAUCUUGUAUGAGACAUAUGUAUUUGACAAGAAUAUGAA